UUAAGAUGAUGGUGACGGUUGUUAUUGUAUUCACCAUGUGUUGGCUGCCUUUCAAUGUGCUCGUGCUCCUACUCAACGACGAUGACUUCAAGAUGUGGGAUCCGCUGCCCUACUUCUGGUUUGCAUUCCACUGGCUAGCAAUGUCGCACAGCUGCUAUAAUCCAAUCAUUUAUUGCUAUAUGAAUGCCCGGUUUCGUGGUGGUUUCCUGCAGAUUAUUUAUCGCGUACCCGUUUUUCGUCGGUGCUUUUGCCUGCGUCGUUAUUUGCAUAAUCGUGGCGAUCGAAAUUAUGAUGCUACCGGUGAGAUGACCUUCAAAUUCAAUGCCGAUAGAGGUGGAGGUCUGUUGAGGAAACCUAAAAUACGCAUUAGAGUCAAUUUUCAUGUGCAGAGCCCAUGGUGUUACGGUAGUGCCAGUCCCAUAGAUGUAGCCAGUCAUAUGUCGUCACACCGCCCACAAGAACAAAUGUUCAGCCACCCAUCAGAACAUCGCGCUUUUUGUGAUGGAAAAUACUAUACGCCGUAACUAUAUGAGAAGAGAGAGCAGAUCAUCAGCGAAUGCAAAAGUUAGAGCUGACUUACAGACCUUACAAAUUUUAUGUUUAACUGUGAAAUUGAACUCGACACACCCACAACGGACGUGCAUCUUCAUAUAUAUAUAUAUAUAUAUAUUUGUUAGGAAAAAUAUUUCUAAUAGAUAAGUAGAAAGAAAUAACAUUUUUCAAGAAAAUGAACCAAAGAGGAGCUUAGCUUUUAAGUUGCCAGCAACUCUAUUACCGUUAAGCUGAGAAUCAAAUUUUACCAAAGAAUAUCCUAAGAGUGUUUGUGUAAAUUCUAUGUAUGUUCGAUGCCUGUACGACUAAUUUAAAAUGUAAGUGUAUGUGUGCUUAAGUAUUUUACAUGCAUUCUAAGAGUCACCAUGUCGCUUUCUUGAAGGCAUCAA